CCCCAUCUUGUUCGGUCGUGUACUUCUCUAUCUAUCCAAUCUUUUUUCCUGUCUGUUUCAAGACCUCUGGGAGAGCAAAAAUGAGCAGCUCGAUGAGCAUGGUGGAGGCGAGGCUGCCGCCGGGGUUCCGGUUCCACCCGAGGGACCACGAGCUCGUGCUGGACUACCUCUGCCACAAGCUCUCCGGCGGUGGUGGCGGCGGCGGCGGCGGGGUGGACAUGGUCGACGUAGACCUCAACAAGUGCGAGCCUUGGGAGCUUCCAGACGCGGCCUGCGUGGGCGGCAAGGAGUGGUACUUCUUCAGCCGGCACGACCGCAAGUACGCGACGGGGCACCGCACCAACCGGGCCACGCACACGGGCUACUGGAAGGCCACGGGCAAGGACCGCGUCAUCACCGGCGACGGCGCGGCGGCGGUCGUCGGGAUGCGCAAGACGCUCGUCUUCUACCGGGGGAGAGCCCCCCGGGGAACCAAGACCGAGUGGGUCAUGCACGAGUUCCGCGCCGAGGGCGGCCCGCCGGCCCGCCGUCAGCUCGCCGACCACCCCCACGGCUCGCCGCCCUCUCUCCUCGAGGACUGGGUGCUGUGCAGGGUGUUCUUCAAAAGCACAACAGCUGCUCCAACACCGGCCUCCGACGAGCCAUCAGGUUCCCAGAGCAGCGAGGUCGGCAUGGCGCCGGCGCUUCUGCCCAUAGCACCUAUCGACGACGUUGGCCGCAUGCCCAUGGCUGCGAUCACCGACAGCUUCCGUGGGCACCAGGAGUACUCCACCAGCCUCCUCAUGGCCCCGCAGCACUGGCCGGUGGCGCCAUUGUCGUUCAGGAGCUUCAGGGACCUGCUAAGCGACAUGGUGGAAAGCAGCGGCGGUGACCCGAAGCCGGAGUGGAGCGUAGACGACGGCUAUACGCGGCACAGCGGCAUGCCGCAGGCUUGGAACCCGUUCUGACGAGUCGGUGAGUUCUCGCAGGCUAGGUAGUAUAGUAAGGAUAGUAUACGCUGUGUUGUCCACUCUAUCGUCAUAUGCUUGAUUAGUGAUCAAUUUCUUCCCUUCUCUUCUGUAAUAGUCACUACUGAAAUUUUCACGUACGCCGGGUGUAAUGCUUUUCGCCGAGUGCUAAACCACGGACACUCGGUAAAACAAGAUUUGCCGAGUAUCACUCUCGGCAAACCCACGGUCACGGCAAACUGACAAC